AGUUAUGAAUGCAUUGGAACAAUGAGACAUUGUUGUGUUUGUUUUCUAGACUUGUUGAGCUGUGUGAGUUUAAGAAUAUAAGAAAUGCUCUGUCUUGCACAUUCUCAGUAAAGUAAGUAAAAAUUUAUAUUCAUCAUCAGAUCAGUAGGAGAGGAUGGAGCUCAGUCCAUUCUGUGUGAUGAUCUUUCUAACUGGGCUCAUCCAUGUUACACAAGCAGAGAGUCCUAAAUCUGUGGUGAUUAUAAAGCCUGAUACAGAGGUGUUCAGAGGAGAAAGAGUGGAUUUCAGGUGUGACAUACAGGAAGGUGGGGACACUGAGUGGAGAUAUGACUGGUAUAAGAAUGAUUACAAAGAGGACCUACACCACACAACACAGGAGUUCAGCAUCAACUCAGUUACAGACACUGACAGCGGUGAAUACACAUGCAGAAGGUGGAGAAGAGACUCUCAGAGCUCAGAUUUCAGUGAUCCUGUUACACUCACUGUAUCAGAAAAACCCAAACCGACUGUGAGUGUGAAUCCUCAGAGCUCCAUCUACACUGGAGACAACAUUACUUUGAGCUGUAAUCUGCAGUCUACUGGAUGGAGGUUUUACUGGUACAAAGAUAAUCAGCUAUCAAAAUAUGUAAAAACUGCAAAUACACACAGCAACACAAUCCGCGGGAGAGCAUUUAAUAAAGGAAAAAUAAGAUACUCCUGCAAAGCACUCAGGGGAAACUAUGAGUCAGAGUUCAGUGAUUCAGCCAUGAUUACAGUGAGCGAGAGACCAAAGCCUGUAGUGAAAAUACAGCCAGAUAAUUCAGUGUUAAUCGGGGACACUGUCACUCUCACAUGUAACAUAUGGACUGGAGGAUCCUGGAAGUACCACUGGUAUAGAAAUAAUGAAGAACUCGGAUAUGCUGCAGGCAGGAUGACCUACACAAUUACUGCUGUGAAAGGCUCUGAUAAAGGUCUUUAUAGCUGUAAAGGAACUCAAUCAUCAGACCCAAAAUACACACAGAGCAGUGAUGCAGUUACACUGACUAUAUUGGAAAAACCUGAACUCACAUCAGACCUUAAAGGAGACGUACUGACCGGAAACUCAGUGACUCUGUACUGUACACUGAAGCCGCACCCUGUUAAAUGGAAGUUUUACUGGAUUAAAGACACACAGACUCACGAGACUGAGACUGAAACACACUCCUACACCAUCAGCUCAGUCAACAUCUCUGAUGGAGGUCAGUACAGGUGCAGAGCUGGAAGAGGAAACCCAGUCUACACAAACUACAGUGAUGCACUCUGGGUAAAUGUUACUGAGAGUCCUAAACCUGUGGUGAUUAUAAAACCUGAUACACGGGUGUUCAGAAAAGAGAAAGUGACAUUCAUAUGUGAAAUGCAAACAGAAAGAGACACUCAUUGGACAUACACCUGGUUCUCUGACAGAUUUUAUGAACCCUUCAGAGGGCAUUACCAAUUCAGCAUUAGAUUCAUUGUUGACUAUAACAGUGGUAUGUACAGGUGCAGAGGGUUGAGUGUUGGCUAUCAGAGCUCAAAGAUGAGUGAUCCUGUUGGACUUUGGGUGUCUGCAAAACCUAAACCUGAACUCACAUCAGACCUUAAAGGUCCUGCCCUGACAGGAAACUCAGUGACUCUGUACUGUACAGUAAAGGAGCAGUCUGUGGGAUGGAAGUUUUACUGGAUCAAAGUUGAACAGAGCCAAGAGUCUGAGAGUGAAACACACUCCUACACCAUCAGAUCAGUCAGUGUCUCUGAUGGAGGUGGGUACAGAUGCAGAGCUGGAAGAGGAAACCCAGUCUACUACACACACUACAGUGAUGCAUUCUGGGUAAAUGUUACUGGUGAAUCGCCUUCAGUGUCUCUGAUCAUCAAUCCCAGCAGAUCUCAACACUUUACUGCUGCCUCUCUCUCACUGAGCUGUGAGGACCAGAGAGACUCUACUGGAUGGACAGUAAGAAGAUACACACACAAUGAGACAUGGUUUGAUUGUUCAUCAGUUUCAGGAUCUGCAUGUUACAUCAGCUCCCUCUCUCCAUUACACACUGGAGUUUACUGGUGUGAGUCUGAAUCUGGAGAACACAGUGAUUCAGUCAACAUCACAGUACACAAUGGUGAAGUAAUACUUGACAGUCCUGUCCAUCCUGUGACUGAGGGAAAUCCUCUGAUUUUACGCUGUUUAUAUCGCAACACAAACAUCUCAGACUCAGGUGCUAAUUUCUAUAUAAAUGAUUCGAUCGUCCAGGACCUGACUGCAGGGGAGAUGACCAUCAGUAGUGUCUCAAAGUCAGAUAAAGGUUUCUACUACUGUAAAGACCCAGAGAUUGGUGAGUCACCAAAAACCUGGGUUUCAGUCAGAGCAAGACCAAAGCCUGUAGUAAAAAUACAGCCAGCUGUGAAUGUGUUCAUUGGGGAAACUGUCACUCUCACAUGUGACAUACAGACUGGAGGAUCCUGGAAGUAUCACUGGUAUAGAAAUAAUGAAGAACUAGGUGAUGCUACAGGAAAGAAGACCUACACAAUCACUGAUGUCGAAGCCUCUGAUACAGGUCCAUACAGCUGUAAUGGAACUCAUUCAUCAGACCCAAAAUACACACAGAUCAGUGAUGCUUUUACACUGACUGUAUCAGAAAAACCUGAACCUGAACUCACAUCAGAUCUUAAAGGAGCUGCACUGACAGGAAACUCAGUGACUCUGUACUGUACACUGAAGCUGCAGUCUGCUGGAUGGAAGUUUUACUGGAUGAAAGACACACAGAGCCGUGACACUGAGACUGAAACACACUCCUACACCAUCAAAUCAGUCAGUGUCUCUGAUGGAGGUCAGUACUGGUGCAGGGCUGGAAGAGGAAACCCAGUCUACUACACACACUACAGUGAUGCACUCUGGGUAAACAUAACUGGUGAAUCUCCUCCAGUGUCUCUGAUCAUCAAUCCCAACAGAACUCAACACUUUACUGCUGACUCUCUCUCACUGAGCUGUGAGGGCCAGAAAGACUCUACUGGAUGGACAGUGAGAGGACACACACAAAAUGAGCUGUUCAAUUGUUCAUCAAUUUCAGGAUCUACAUGUAACAUCAGCUCCCUCUCUCCAUCACACACUGGAGUUUACUGGUGUCAGUCUGAAUCUGGAGAACGCAGUGAUUCUGUCAACAUCACAGUACACAGUGGUGAUGUGAUCCUGGAAAGUCCUGUCCGUCCUGUAACUGAGGGAACUCCUCUGACUUUACGCUGUUUACAUCGUGACUCAAAGAUCUCAGUCUCUGGUGUUUAUUUCUAUAAUAAAGGUUCUAUCAUCCAGAACCAGGCUAGAAGAGAGAUGACCAUCAAUAGCAUCUCAAAUUCAGAUGAAGGUUUCUACCACUGUAAACACCCAGAGAGAGGAGAGUCACCAAAAAGCUGGAUUACAGUAAAAGUUUCAGCUCCUUUAUCCACUGUUGCAAUUGUAGGACUGAGUCUGUCUUGUGUGUUUGUCAUCAUAAUAAUCUUACUGAUCCUGCUGUUGUGUUACAUCAAGACCAAAGAUUUUGCCAUUAGUGAUGUGACUUAUGCUGACAUUGAAAAGACAAACCAAAGAGAAACCAAGGAGAAAACAAUGUGGUACACAGGUGGGACACAAAAGAACUCCUUAAGCCCUCUGUUGAAAGCUUGAUGCUCAGGAAAAAAAAAAAGGAAUUCAAGGCAGGUGACAGGCUUCCAACAAAAUAUCCUUUAUUUGUCAUGGUCAUGUUUUCUUUUGUUUAUAAUGUGUUUAUGUUUCAGUGCAAAAGUAAAAAAAAAAUAUUAAUAAUAAUCACUGCUGAUAAAACAUUUUGGACUAAACUUUAUAAGCUGUCUUUUUCCCCCAUAGGUCCAUGUAAAAAGUCUAAGGUUUUCCAAUCAGAAACUGAAAGUUGAAACAGCUAAAGAACAUGGCGUAUGGGACAUAUUGUGUUUUAUUUUUUGCUUAUUUCAAAUAUUUCUAUUGUAUGAAAUUCUGGUAGGGAUGUCAAAGGAGGAAUAUAAAGUUGUAUUUUUACUUUCUAUCUUUUACAUUGGGUAAAACUGGAGGUUUACUAGUUCACUAGCACAGUAAAUUUUAAUAUGGAUAUAUAUGUCUGAGGUUUUUUUGUUUUUACAUAUUUUAUGUUUAGAUUUUUCCUUUAAUUUUGUUCAAACUCUUUAGGUGCUUCUAUAUUGUAUAUUUUAACAUUAAAAUUAUAGCUUUGUUUUUUAAUCAUGUUUUAAUAAUUAUAAUUAUCAAUUUGAUUGUGUUUUUCGUCCAUUUUAUUUCUGUUCUCAUCUACAAGUAUUACAGUAAUAAAUUCCAAACAUCAGUAUA